GUUUAGACGCGAAGACCGUCAAAGAGCAUCAAGAUGGAAGAUAAUGGUGUUACGACUCUUGCGCCCGCGCUCCGGCUCCCUCCCGAGCUGACCGCGGCCAUCAUCUCAUUCAGACCUAACUCAUCGUCCUUGCUUCAGCUUGGGCAUCUUCCGUCUCUAAAAGACGACGACUGGACGGACACCAUCAAUAACAUCAUCUCGCUUCUGGAGCUAUGGAUCCAGAACUCUGGUCAACUCACCAUAUCCUUCACACUGCACGAGGAGGGAAUUUGUGCCCAUGAUCCCUUGUGUCACCUUAUCUAUGCUCUACGGCAGUAUUCGGCGAAGUGGAGCAUCCUCAAGUUAGUCGUUUGCAAGUCGACGUAUGAUAGCUUUCGGAGAUAUCUGUUCGGGAAUAGUCUAAACUCCCUUAAGCAGCUCGUGGUUGACAUUACGAACGAGGAGUCGCCAUCCUACGAAUCCUCUGAUUUUGCGGAUCACCUCGCGUUCACGCCUCACCUAACCUCUCUUGCGCUGGACAACACCUACGCGGAUGAGAAAUACGUACUUCCUCUGACUUGGGCGCAGAUGACAGAGCUUUCCCUCAACCUCAACCUCCGCGUCCUACCCCUGGGCUUGUUGGAAGAUUUCGACCACAGUUUCGGAGUCGUCCCCAGCCCUCGUCAGAUUGUCCUCCCGCAUCUCACGACCCUCCGCCUCCGUCACACUUGCUUCCGCUCACAGCUCCACGAUUAUUUCGACCAGCUGACGCUGCCGCGGCUCGCGACGCUCGAGAUCGACUCUGUCGCGCGGUUCAAAUACAGCCAGGGCGAGCUGGGUGCUGAAAGGUUUUGUGCCCUGAUUGAGCGCUCGGGGUGUAGCGUGCAGACGGUCAGCGUCCGCGACGUCAGUACCGAGGGAGGUGCGCUCGUCUCGCUUCUGGAGUAUUGUCCAGAGCUGCACGAGCUGGCGUUCUUCCCCUCGCGGAACAACAUCUCGAAAACAUCGUCGUUGGAGAGUCUCCUGUUGUGGCUCACUCCGGAUGGUGAUGAUGAGUUGGAUGCUUUGCAGCUUCCCCGACUACGAAACAUAGGACUAGGCUUGACAUACCGUGACGCGUCAUUUGAUGAUAUCGUCGGUAUGGUCGAGGGGCGUGCCGCCGCAGGCCUGAGGAAGUUUGAGCUGACGUUGGAAUAUCUUCCGCUCGUAGAUCCCGGUCGAGAGAAGAGGGCCAAGAACCUGGAGGAAAGGUUGGUGGAACUCGGUGAAUACAGCAGGAGCUCGUUUGAAGGGAAGGUGGAGGUCGUUACUGUUUACCAGCCAGUGUACAUCGCGCUUUAGUAGACGCACAUAUUGCGAGUAAAAUUGCUCGGUAUAGCGAUUCUUCGUAGCGCCAACUAUUUGUGCUGAAGACCUUGUCCUGUACCUGGGGACAGACAUAACGUUAUUGAUUCCGCUGGGAUAGUACGAAGGUCGUUUUAGUUGAGGUACGAAACGGUCUUAAGUACCUCAUUUUGAGUACGACUUUCUUUGAAAACCGGACACUUUCGAGAUAAAACGUUG